ACCACUUUUGAGCCUUUCGCCAGGCGGGCUUACCGCUUUACGGGAACACCGAGGAAUCCGCUAUGGCCGGAGUUCUGUGCAAAACUUUGUACGCGUUUACCGGGGACCAGCAUCAGCAAGGGCUGAAGUUCGAGGCUGGCGAGGUCAUCAAGGUUUUACAGGUGCUAAACGGUGGAUGGUGGGAAGGAGAAAAGGAUGGGGCCAGAGGAUGGUUCCCUGCAAGUUAUGUGGAGAUUUUAGAGAAACCUGCAUCAGUAAGUCCACAGACAAUUGAGGAAAUGGCUCACGCUCCCCUGCCGCAGGGUUGGCAGUGCUACAUGUCACCACAGGGUCGGAAGUACUAUGUCAAUACUUACACAAAUGAAACAACCUGGGAAAGGCCGACUAGCGCGCCAGGGACACCAAAGAGUCCAAUAUCACAGAUGAAUUCCUUGCCUACAGUGAAUGGCUUUCACUCAUCAGGGAGCCUGUCACAUCAUUCGGAGACCUCACACAUGGCCUUGAGAAAGACCAGCAGUGAUCCACAGAGUCCCGGAGUAGGGUCGCCCACCCGAAGACAGAGUAAAGAGAGCACCAUUACGAUAAACUGUGUUACCUUCCCGCAUCCGGAUACAAUGCCUGAACAGCAGUUGCUCAAACGAGAUGAUUGGAGCUACUGCGACUACUUCUGGGCAGACAGAAAGGAGACCCAGAGCAAUAGCACGAUUACUGGAUUUGACAUUAUCCUUGUGAAACAGAUCAAGGGCAAACAAAUGCAGAAAGAAAUGGCAGAGUUUAUUAGGGAAAGGAUUAAAAUUGAAGAGGAAUAUGCCAAAAACCUAGCAAAGCUGUCCCAGAGCCCACUGGCGGGCAUGGAGGAAGGCACCUUGGGAGAGUCUUGGACACAGGUGAAGAAAAGUUUGGCAGAUGAGGCCGAGGUUCAUUUAAAGUUUUCGUCGAAGCUGCAGAGUGAAGUGGAGAAACCGCUAUUAUCAUUUCGAGAAAACUUCAAGAAGGAUAUGAAGAAGUUUGACCAUCAUAUAGCUGAUCUCCGCAAACAACUAAGUGCUCGCUAUGUUGCCGUGGAGAAGGCUCGAAAAGCUCUGGCGGAAAGGCAGAAAGAUCUGGAAUUCAAAACUCAGCAACUGGAGAAUAAAUCCACUUACAAAACAGAGGAAGACAUCAAAAAAGCCAGGCGGAAAUCAACACAAGCAGGUGAUGACCUGACACGCUGUGUAGAUCUCUACAAUCAAACCCAAUCCAAAUGGUUUGAGGAGAUGGUCACAACAACUCUGGAGCUCGAGAGACUGGAGGUAGAAAGGAUCGAAAUGAUUCGGCAGCACCUCUGUCAGUACACACAACUUCGUCAUGAGACGGACAUGUUCAACCAAAGUACUAUCGAACCAGUGGACAAGCUACUCCGGAAGGUUGACCCCAACAGCGACAGAGAAUUAUGGGUAAAAGAGCACAAGACGGGCCAUAUCCGGCCUGUGGACAUGGAAUUAUAGAGAGCAAGCCCUUAGAGGCAUACAUAUUUUUUUCCACAGGCAUUGACUGAGCAGUUAGUUGUUGCUGGUCUUCAGAUGAAUGGAUUGAGUCAAGGAGAUGACGUGCAAUGAAAGUUACAGUACAAGCUCAUAACCCAGUGCCUUUUGUGUUCAUGGAACAAAAAAAAUGUUUAAAUAUUUAGCCAUCUGUGUCAACUUUAAUAAGCAGUUUGUUUUUUGUGCUAAUAGGAGUUUUCUUGCAGAUCAAACUGCCUGUUCACCAGCAAUGGUGGAAAAGCUUUCUUUUGCAUGCUAAGCAUGUAUAUAUAAAGAGUGCUUCGGCUGUCAUUGAUUCCAACCCCGCUUCCCCCACACUCCUUACAUUCCAACAAACAGUGCAAUGUGGUUGUCCCCUGGAUUGAGUUGGGCACUUUCACAUGAAAACCAGUUCUCACUUUGGUUACCGAGUAGAAACUUUCACCUCCUCGCACACAAGUUAGCAAAGCAAUAUUUCUCAUAGUUGACCACAGUUGAGAGUUGUCGUACCUCAGAACCAAACUAAUCAGGAUAGAAAAGCAGAUGGGGGGAAGGUUUCUAAUAACUGCAAAAUUCAUAUUCAGUAUAUUUUGAAGAAAGGUUUGAGGGUGUGCAAUGCACCAUCACUUAUUUGCUAUAAUCAUUUUUAUUUUCAUGAUUUCUGGAAGGAGCAAUGAAUGAGAUUUGAAUUCUAGGUCUGAUUUUAGCUCAGUGUUUUGGGUGAGUUAAAAUCAGGCCUCCUCUAGUUUCAGAUCUCUGACUUUCAAGUUGAUUUCCAAAAGGGCCGUUGGUAAGGUUAAAGACACCCAAAUUAAAUUCUUAAUGGCGGAACUAAGGGACAUCAGGUAUUGAAGUUUUAAAUUAACCAUCUACUAAAGGGUAACCUUCCCCCUGUUUUGCUUGGAGUUUAUGUCAGUAAGGUGAUUGCUUCUUUUUACUUUUUGAGUGAUUGGAUAGCUUUCUGGAUAAAUAUCCACCAUCUCUUUUCUGUAACUCUUCUCUGUCCACUUUACCUUGCGUUUAAGAUAAGUGUACAACCUACUGCUAAGCUGCUGUGAGGUGCACUGAGGUGUCUGGAUCACCCUUCUAUUUUGUGCCCCAUUCAUUUCUAUGACUUUCCAGUCAAGCUCUUUCACUUCUCCUUCCAUGGCGAUAUCUCAAAUAAGUAAUGCAUACCUAUGUACACUAAUAAUUGUUUUGAGGCAAGUUUGUUGAAUAUAUGCUUUUUUUUUGCCCAUAUUAGCUUAUAAAACCCUUUCUUCUGGAUUCCAGGAGCUUAACCUUCAGUCCUUGGAUGUCAUGAGUAAGUGAUUAGAGAAGGUUCUGAGUCCCAUUUGGCCUCACACUGUAUUUGUCAAAUUGUUUGGGUAGAUCCCAUUCUAAAGUACAUCUGUGCAGGUCAGUACAUCACUGUAAUGAUGUCAACCAUCGUUACAAUAUGAUGCCCUGUUAAAAUUGUCCUAAAAAAAGUUUCAUCUAUAAACCAGCAAAUUAAUUUAGUACUUAUGGACCAAAAUACUGCAAGUCAACUCUUAAAACAAUGAGAGUGUGGAAGUAGCUGAAAGUGUUGUUAUUUAUCUAGAGUUCUGUCAAUGGCAGAAAUUCUUCUGCUGCCAAAGGAAUCUCACAACCUUCAAAGCCAUCACAACAAAAUUGAGAUUUUCAUUGGGUUUUGCAGCUGCUGUUCUAUCCUGCUGAAGGCUCUAUUUCAUAUCAUAAUCAAACUCAUAGAGACACACAAUUGUCCAAAGUCAACUUAGAGGCCCCAUCAAAAUGACCACUAAAGCUGAAAGAGAUAAGUGGUAUGGAGCAAUGAUUUGUGUUUUUUGUGAAGUUCAAGUGACCCAUUUAAAACUAAGGACUUUCAAUAGACCCAGAUUCGAAGUGACAGGUACUUCAUGGGGGGUGGAGUGGGGGUGUGGGGGAGGGGGAGGGACUAGGCCCCAGGCUGCUUUCCUGGCAUGCCAACUGAAGUGACAGGACAUGGAGCUGACUAGAAAGUUGGAGCAUGGAGAAAAUAUUCAGCGGUUUACUCUGGCCACUGCCUGAACCCUCUGAGAAAGGUGAGCUGACAGACAACAGUUUACAAACCGGAUGUGGGAAGCAAAUUUCCUGUUGGAAACGUUAGUUGAGCUACUUUCAAACUCUCCAAUGUAAAUCAGUAUGAUUUGCAACCUUUGUAGAUAGGUGAGAUGCGUUGUGAAUGCCCUUAUCGAAUGAAAAUCCAAUCUUGCACACAUUAAUGUUUGUUAGCUUAUGUAAUGGGGGAUCUGGCACUGCUGCUAUUCUAUGCUUUUCUUUAAAUAAUGCAAACUCCAUUGAAGAAUAAUGCAAUUAACAGUUUACAGGAAAAUUACUUUGGAGCAUUUUGUCAAUCAGUGUAUAUUGGGGUGAUAAUAACACGUCCACUCACAGCUUUAUACAUGAAUGCUAUUUGCAUAUUUUAAAUGCCAUUGGGUUUCAUAAACCACUGACAUUGUUAUAAUAGCACAGUUUCUCUGUAUAUACAAUAUUUUGAAAUUCUACGAUGUACUGUAUAAGGGUUUCAUAAUGUUCCAUAAAACAGUAUCAGUCAUCAGAGGAGAUAAGGUUUACGAUCCAAGAUGUUUUCGUGUGAAAGUAUCCCAAAAUGAAUUUGACCAAGCUGUAUUUGCAGCAAUACUAUGAUUCCUAUUUAACACUGUGUAUGUUGCUUUGAAUAUUGUGCAAGUUGUGAUACAUGUUCUCUCUAGUUAAAAUUGAUAGUUAUUAAAACAUUCACAGCA